AUGACUUUUGCUGCACCAUCACUAUCACCUGAACACCGCCACUCUCAACGUUGUCGCCUGAGGCUGACCUGGUCGCCAAAGUAUGGCCCUCUCUUGCCCGUACUCGGCCUGCAGGACAAGUACGACGUCUUCAUCAGCUACAGGCAACGCGGCAACCGAGGUUUGGUGAUGACAUUGCACCCAAAGUUGGAGCGCCAUGGCUUGGUGACCUUUGUGGACACCAACAAUUUGGAGACCGGCGUCAACUUCAAGCGUGCAUGCAUGACAGCCCUGCAAAACAGCACUGUCACCUGCCCCGUCGUCUCAGUGGGUGCCAUCCACAAGAUGCGCUCACUUGAUCAUCUUGACACGUGCGAUAACGUGCUGUUGGAGUGGAUGGCGAUGCUUGAGCUGCAGCAGCUGGCUCACGAGCACCCAGACAAGGUCCACCUCCACCGCAUCAUUCCGCUCUUCCUCGGCAGUGGAUGGCACGACAGUAACAGCCACUCCUUGAGUGUGGCGUCGGCGAGCGAGUACGACUCAUUUGACCGCAUGAAGCGGCUGGCAAUGACACUGCCAGAUGUGGUGAACAGAAAGAUCAUAGCAGCGCUGGACCAGUACUUUGCACGGGUGCUGCACCUGCCGCCACCACAGCAGCACAAGACUGUGCGCGAAGUGGUGCUGUCGCUGUUUGACAUGGAUGGGAUCACAUCCUUCCAGUACGAGGUUGACCGAGCAAUGGAUGCGUCAAGAAUCGCAGAGCGUCAGCAGCAGCAGCAACAACAACAGCAACAGCAGCAGCAGCAACAACAACAGCAACAGCAACAGCAUCACAGCAACCAUAACAGCAACAGCAACAGCAGCAACAGCAGCAACAGCAACCAUAACAGCAGCAGCAAUCAUCACAGCAACCAUAACAGCAACAGCAACGGCAACCAUGGCAGUCAACGACGCCAGCCGCAAACCGCACCACCCAUGUCGUCAUCGUCACCGUCCGUUCUGCCUUCCAGCACUUCCACAACGACCACUGUUUCUUCGUUUGAGCCAAAGCUGCAAGCGUGGCUCGACCACCACUCGCUGUUACCGCAGGUUGCACCAGCCCUUGCUGAGCACGACAUUGACACGCUCGAUGACUUGGUUGAGUUGGUUGUUGGCGAGAUGCUGACAGUACAAGUGCUGACGGAUGCUGGCGUGACGAUGGGCAAGGCCAACAAGCUGAUCCGCUUGGCCAAGCAGCACCACCAAGAGCAGCAGCACAGCACCGGAAGCAGCAGUAGCGCAUGACGUGCCUAGGUGCAGAGGUGCCUCUACUCUGGAGCUGGCCGGACUUCCGUUUGCUGUGUGGAUGUCAUUCUAGUCGUGCUCUGCUGUCGUUCUAUCGUCUGAUUCUUGUCGUUUCGAAUCCCCCCCCCCUGCCCCAUUUUGGUUGUUUGCCUCGUAUUUGUAUUCUAUUCACGCCUUAUGUAGUCAAAGCACGCCGUUGUGCAUGUCAUGGUUCUUGUACCGUCCGCCUGUUUGUUUGUUCCAGUGAGUGUAGGAGUGUGCACUCACAGUGUGACAACAGUGCUCAAGUGCUUGCUGCGUUCGUCUUGUUUGCCAGCAGCAUCCAGCCAUGGUUGUAAUUGUCACUUUCUCUCUCUCCAUCACAACAAGAUAUGCCCCCAUAGCUCAGUUUGGUUAGAGCAUGAGACUCUUAAUCUCAGGGUCGCGGGUUCGAGCCCCGCUGGAGGCUCGCGUUUACUUUUUUUUUCAGAGCCACCUUUUUUUCCCUCUCUUGUUCGUGCAAAGCAUUAUUGCUGUGUCCUUGCCCCACACCUGCUGUUCUGGUGUGCUAGCCACUCUCCUAAUCCCCAAGAGGUCCGUGCGACUCCAGCCAUCUCAGUUCAGC